AUGCAGGACACAUGGGAUCCAUUCCAGUUGAAUCCCAUCGGAGCCGAGAAGGAACGUAAGAGAACAUGUUUCCAAGUGGCCCAGUAUCUGGUGGCUGUUAUCAUUGGACUCGCUGUCCUGACCAGUGCCGUCGUAGCCAAGGGUGCUCUCCUGGUGUUGUCAACGUUGUCGAGUCCAACCUCAAUGCGCACCCCUAGAGAACAACAGUUCUACAUGCUGAUGCUGGUCUUCUGUCUCGUCUGCCCCAACGUCCUGGUGUUCAUAAAAUCGCUGUGGAGGUGUGCCUUCAAGAGCUUCGUAAAACCCAACCUGAGGACCAUGGCAUUUAUUUGUGCCAUCGAGUGUCUGGUGUCUCUGGGUACCUCUGUCCUGGUGUUGGUUGUUAUGCCUCAGUUUGAUGUAUUGACUAACCUUUUUAUCAGCGGAGGAGUCUGUAUUGUGUCUGCGAUUCUGCAGAUUGCAUUCAGACUACAGAGAGAAACUUGGAAAAUUGUGUUCCCACUCUGUUCUCUCAUUCUCACAGUUGCAGGUUACUGCCUCCUGGGAAUUGACUACUAUGUUCGUGUAACAUCAAAAGUGGACAGACAGAGCGGUGACUGUUAUAUCUACAUUGGAAUUGGGAUUUUGUCUUCACUUCUAAUCUCACUGUGCUGGUGGGAAAAUCCACUGCAAGCAACAAACCGCAUGCAGGGUACACUGAAAGAACUGGACGGCUUCAGGGACUUUGUAUUUGUCAUCAGCAGUAUUCUGAGGAUAAUAGUGAUAGGAGCUGUAUACCUGUUCUAUCACGUCCUUCUCGUGGACUCUAUCGAAUGGUCCGACUUUAGCCUGAAGAACAAAGACUGGGAAUUACUGCAGACAGGACUUGGGCUGUUAUUCUUACAAGCGUUCUGCGCAGCAGCCUGCCACUGGUUUGGGGUGGUGGCCUGUAAGAUUCAUUCAGUGAAAAUGAGCUUUGCUCUGCCGGUGUGCUGUACAGGACCUGCUGUGCUUCUGUUAGGACUCAUACUUUUCAUAACCCAGGCACAGGAACUAGACGGAGCCAAACACGGGAGCAUCACAGAGUUUUGUGGUAGCCUGGCCUAUCUGAGCCAUAAGAACACAACACCUAUGAUCUUAUUAGAAAUCACCAGGAGCAUCUGCCGGACCUCACUCAACAGUUACUAUCUGCAGUGGCCUUUUUCCAUGCUGGCACUGGAGGGAGUCUGUAUGUGGUCGGGCUUCGUCACAUGUACUUACUACGUGUGGAAGAUCAAGGUCCAGCGUAUAGAGAGGACAUCUCAGCUGUUUGUUCGUCGUCUUUAUGAAUCUGCUUUCAUUGACCUGUCUCUGCUACUCAACACCAAGAUGAAGGUCCCAAGAGCCAAAACCCAAGAAAGUAAUGAUGACAUACAGAACUGUGUGAUCUAUCUUUGUGCAACCAUGUGGCAUGAGACCUAUGAUGAAAUGCUGAAGAUACUCACCUCCAUGUUCAGGUUGGACCGCUAUCGAGGGGAUCCAAAGGAAGAGCAUAAGGACUGUUUUGACUUUGAGUGUCAUAUUUAUGUAGAUGACGCAUUCAUGAAAGAAAAGGGCACAGAUAAAAGGCUGGUUAAUUCUUAUGUCAAUGACCUGAUUCAAGUUGUCAUAGAGGUUUACAGAGUGUUCACCAACAAAGAACCAGAUGACGUGUCCAUCAUUGAGACUCCCUACGGCGGAAGGCUGAUGUUUGUUAUGCCAGAAGGAAACAUGCUCUAUGUUCACCUCAAAGACAAAAGUCUCAUCAGGAAUAAGAAAAGAUGGUCCCAGAUCAUGUAUCUGUAUUAUCUGCUCGGUUAUAAAGGCUACAUUGCUAAGAAUCCACAGAAAGUAUUAACAUUGGAUCUACGCAGAGAAAGUAUGAUCUCUUUGGACGGUGAGACUUUCAUUUUGCCUCAAUAUGACAAUGACAACAAGAGGAAAUUCAUCUCAGAUGACAACACUUAUAUCCUGGCUCUGGAUGGAGACACUGACUUCCAUCCUAAAGCUGUGAUUCUGCUUGUGGACAGGUUGAGGAUGUAUGAAAACGUAGGUGCAGCGUGUGGUAGAAUUCAUCCUACUGGUAUGGGUCCAAUGGUGUGGUACCAGAAGUUUGAGUACGCUGUAGGCCACUGGCUGCAGAAGACAGCAGAGCAUGUGUUUGGCUCAGUUCUGUGCAGCCCUGGGUGUUUCAGUCUGUUCAGAGGUUCGGCCUUAAUGGACGACAACGUACUGAAGAGAUACACAACAACUGCAUCACAAGCGGCAGAAUAUGUGCAGUAUGACCAAGGGGAGGAUCGUUGGUUGUGCACGCUAUUACUGCAGCAAGGAUGGCGUGUUGAAUACAAUGCAGCGUCAGAUGCAUAUACUAACUCACCUCAGGAGUUCAAGGAAUUUUACAACCAGAGAAGAAGAUGGGGACCUUCCACUCUGGCUAAUACUCUGGACCUUUUGCACAGUGGUGGAGAGACAGUGAAGAGAAACACUUCCAUCUCCAGACUCUACAUCUUCUACCAGAUGUUCACUGUGGGUUCCUCUAUCCUCGGCCCAGCCUCUGUGACUCUGAUGAUCGCAGGUGCAUUCCAGUUUGUCUUCAAAAUCGCUGGUACACUUUCCAUCAUCAUUGCGAGUGUUCCACCUGUGUUCUACAUCAUCAUCUGCUUUGUUUGUAAGCCAAAUACCCAAAUAACCAUCGCCGCCAUCAUGAGUGUGCUUUACGCCUUCCUCAUGACUGCAUCCUUCUUUUCUAUCAUUGGCGACAUGGUGAUGCAGGAAACCUUCCUGACCCCAACUGGUGUAUUUUUGAUUUCGAUGGCAAUAAUGUACAUGGUGACAGCAAUCCUACACCCAGAGGAGUUUGGGAUGAUCGUCUAUGGUCUGAUGUACUUCAUCUGCAUCCCCAGUGGAUACCUCCUACUGACCAUCUACUCACUGGUUAACAUGCACAUUGUGUCCUGGGGAACAAGGGAAUCCAACAAGGGAGAGGGAGAAGCAAAGAAGAACCAUAAUGUUAUGUGUGACAGAAACUGUAAACUGUGUUGCUGGGACAUGAAGAUACAGAUAACCCAGGAAACAGAGAUGCUUCACCAGAUCACAAGCCAAUUUGUGAAUCAAGCCCCUCCCCACCCAACCUCUGAUCAGGGAACAUCUCAACAGACGGCCUCGAAUCCAGAGAAUCUAGUCAGUCCCAGUGUCACACAGGAACCAGCUGUGGAAGACGCCAAGAAACUUCCUACUGACAAACCUGAUGGAGAUAAAAGCAUGGAAAAACGAAACCUGACCGACAAGUUUAAUGAGAAUAUUGACAAUGAUGAUGAAGAUGAUAGCGAAGAUGAUGAUAAUGAAGAAGAUGAUGACAACAUGAUCAAUGACCCUGAUAAUAUGGAGAUGCUUCCCAUCAGUGAAUGGGUGAUGCCAGUUCAAGAAGAAUUUCUGAAGAAGCUGACUUAUGCAAACAUGAAGAGAAACCUACAAGAACAAAUACGAUCCUCCCUCCGUCUAAGAUGUGAGGAUGACCUGCGUGAGGAGUUGGUAUUAAUGUUAACGGACACUCUUAAUAGAGAGCUAAGUGACGUGGGACCUGAAGAUGUUCUGGAACAAACCCAGCUGGAAUUGCUUCAGAAUACACUGGCCACACAGGCUCGGCACAUCCUCAAGGCCAAUAACAUGAAGAGACUGGAGAAAAGAGUUAAGCUAGCCAUUGAGAAAACACUCACUGCCCCUCAAGUGCAGAGACUCGACGAGGGUGAGAAUGAUUUCUGGAUUAAGUUACUGGAUCGCUACUUGACACCAAUCGUAGAUACUAAGGCCCAUCUAGAGGAGGUCACCAGGGAACUAAAGUCUCUACGCAACAAGGCAGUCUUCCUGUAUUUCAUCAUCAACGUCCUGUGGGUGGUAGCUACAUUCUUCCUGCAGGCCAUUGGAAACGACGUCAUCAGCAUCAAAAUCCCUAAAUACUAUACAAACGGAACUUUAUCUGGAGAGGUUCUCAAGGUGGAGCCUCUCAGUUUGAUGUUCCUGCUGUCUUUUGCCAUUCUUCUCCUUAUCCAGUUCCUUGCCAUGUUGUAUCACAGAGUCUACACUUUCAUCCAUGUCAUGUCCUAUCGCAGCUCAGAGAAGAAUUACAAAGAAAAACUUGAGGUGAGCAACAAUACACUCAAAUGCAUAUACACAAUAUAUAGUGCAGUUUUAAUUGGCAGCACUGUCAGAUCCCAGAGAUUUACAUACACUCAAACACUUUGGUUCUUAAGCAUCAGCUCGAGCAGACGCUGUAAACUCGAGAACCACCGGCCCGAGUUUUCCAGUUCACUGAGAGAUGAUGAAGAGGACAGUCCUGUUCUGGAACUGGAAGACCUGCAUUAUGUCAACGGACACAUUAUGAACAGCGAUUAG